UACUACCAGGAACUCAGGCUCAGUCUCCACCCCAAAGUGGGGCGGGUCCACCCGGAUCUGACCGGCAGCCCAGCCCAGACGAGGGUGUGACCUCCGUUGCUGCUGAGGACUAGCGCAACUACGUCUUGGCAGGACCGAAGAACUUCUGCUUGGGUGACUGAACUCUGAUCUUGGCAGAGAGUCAUGGCCAUGGAGACCAAAGGAGGCACCAUCAAAGCUGCAUCAGUGUUCAAUGCCAGUGAAGAUGCCCAGACCUUGAGGAAGGCCAUGAAAGGGUUUGGCACCGAUGAGGACGCCAUUAUCAACGUCCUUGCCUACCGCAACACGGCCCAGCGCCAGGAGAUCAGGACAGCCUACAAAACCACCAUCGGCAGGGACCUGAUAGAUGACCUGAAGUCGGAGCUGAGUGGCAACUUUGAGCGUGUGAUCGUGGGGAUGAUGACGCCCACCGUGCUGUAUGACGUGGAGGAGCUGCGAAGGGCCAUGAAGGGAGCUGGCACAGAUGAGGGCUGCCUGAUUGAGAUCCUGGCCUCUCGGACACCUGAGGAGAUCCGGCGCAUAAACCAGACCUACCAGCUGCAAUACGGGCGAAGCCUUGAAGAUGACAUUCGCUCUGACACGUCCUUCAUGUUCCAGAGGGUCCUGGUGUCUCUGUCCGCUGGUGGCAGGGAUGAAACCAAUUACCUGGAUGAUGCUCUCAUGAGACAGGAUGCUCAGGACCUGUAUGAGGCCGGAGAGAAGAGAUGGGGGACAGAUGAGGUGAAAUUCCUAACUGUUCUCUGUUCCCGGAAUCGAAACCACUUGUUGCAUGUGUUUGAUGAAUACAAAAGGAUAUCACAGAAGGAUAUUGAGCAGAGUAUUAAAUCUGAAACAUCUGGUAGCUUUGAAGAUGCCCUGCUGGCCAUAGUAAAGUGCAUGAGGAACAAAUCUGCAUAUUUUGCUGAAAGGCUUUACAAAUCUAUGAAGGGCUUGGGCACCGAUGAUGACACCCUUAUCAGGGUGAUGGUUUCUCGAGCAGAGAUUGAUAUGUUGGACAUUCGGGCAAACUUCAAGAGGCUCUAUGGAAAGUCUCUGUACUCCUUCAUCAAGGGUGACACAUCUGGAGACUACAGGAAGGUCCUGCUUAUUCUCUGCGGAGGAGAUGAUUAAAAUAAAAUCCUAGAAAGACAAGAGGAUUCCCAAAACCUUGAUGUUUUUUAACUUCAUUUUUCUACUCUGCUAUUAGCAUUAUCUAAGAUACUUAUUUCCAAAUUAAAAUGCCUAAAGAUGCCUCCUAGGAUAUAGACUGCCUUAUUAUUCACCUAUAAUUAUAACUCAUGAUGCUUUAAAGCUGUACUUGUAUUUCAAAGCUUAUAAAAUCUAAAAGAUUUAAAAUUAGAAAUAAUAAUAUACUCCAUGUUUUUAAUAGAUGUCUUCUUUAUUUGUGUUUUCACAG